AUGGGCAAUCAACUGUCUUUUAAUAUAUUUGAAAAACAUGAUAAUACCAAAAAAAAAUUAUAUGGAAAUCAAUAUUCCGAAGAUGAUAAUAACAAAAGAGAAAAAAAUUUCACAUCACAACACAAUUUAUUGACAAAUACAAAAAAUAUCAUUGAAAAUAAUAAGAUUGUGGGAAAUCAUCAAUUAAAUAGCGAAAUGAAUAAUAAAGAAUAUAAUAGGGAAGAUGAAAGUGAUAUUGAAAAAAUAAAAAAAGAAAACUUUUAUUUAUUUGACGAAAGCUUAAAUUCAAAUAAUGUUAAGCACCCUUGCCAUUGUCAAUGGUUUUUGUUUUGGGUAUAUGCUGCAUAUUUAAAUGAAAAUUUUUUAGAGAGUGAAAAAGAGCAUGUUACUUCGUUUUAUUCAAAUUUCCCAGAACAGUGUAUACGAGGAAAGGGAAAAAAUUGUUUCGCUGAAUUUUCUCAAAUCCAUCCAAUAAGGGCAAAUACCAGGACUGAAUUAAUGAUGUGGCUGCAAAUGUGUGAAAAUUAUUGUAGGCAAAAAGCGGGAUUGCCUGUAAAGAUGUUCAAUUACAAUAAAUUGUUAAAAAGAUGGAGAUAUGACGAUGGAUAUAUGUAA